UCCAUACCCUGGCACGUGACUUUAUUGAAACACGGCCGCCCGCCUUCUCAGUGUGUACGGCGGUAUCUCCCUCUCGGCGAUGCGCAUAUACUGUAGACACGGAAUAAAGAAGUGUCAAUCUAAAUCCCGUACUGCAGAUGGCCGAUGACCCUGCCGACCUCUUGGCCAGACUCAACGCUCUCCGUCCAACAACCGUCUCACUCGAUCACUCACGACCCAACCUCUCUAUCCCCGGCACCCUGCAGACCCCCGAUACACUCCUUUCCGACCGUCUCCGCGCGCUCCGCAAUGGUGGUGGCGGUGACGCCAAAAGCAGCUCUUCUGGGUCGCACCUUCCCUUAACCUUCGGUGUUCUAUCCAACGCUAGCGCACAGACGGAAUCUGCCAUCUCCAGUCUCGACUCGCCGAUUGUGGAGAUCGAUGGCAGAGCUGACAGGAAGCUGGCGCGCGAAGCUCUAGAUUUUGCACGGGGGGUAUCACAUGAUGUUCCCGUAAGCAAGUCUGAUGGGCGGCCAUCACGGGAAGGUUCGAAGGUGCCAACUCCCGAAGAUGUGAUUAGACGUCUGCGUGAAGAAGCUGCCGAUAGCCUAUCGGAUUCAGAUAAACUGCUCAAGUCGGAAGGCAAACACAAAAUCCCCAAGAAUGCGGGGUCCCGAGACUCAGAUGCAAGGGACUCACCAGCUGGUGAGUCAGACGCAGAGAAAUUCGAUGACGAAGCAGAAGCACGGGAAGCAGAAGAGAUCCUUGCACGCCUCCUCGACGAAGCACAUCUCGAAGAAAGGGACGAAGCAGCCAACCAACCACAAGCACAACCACCACCCCCCCCAGACCCAACACCCACCACCCACCCGCUCACCCUCCCCUCCACCCCCUCAACCCCCUCCACCCCCUCCACCCUCCUCCCCCCCCCGGAUCCCGAAGCCCUCGCCUUCACCAACGCAGCCCGCAUGGCCGCCCUCCAAAACCCCACCACAACAGACGCCCUAGGCAUGCCCUCCGCCCCAUCCACCGCCCCUGUCUCCUCGCCCCGCGGCCCCCCUCGGAAACCUGCACCGGAACCCGCUACUGCAUGCGUGAUAUGCUAUGAUCACGCUACUGUGCUGUGUCGCGGCUGCCAGGACAAUUUUGGGGACGCGGAGGAGGCGCUGUAUUGUGUGAGGUGCUGGAGGGAGGGGCAUCUGGGGGCGGAUGCGGGGGUGGAGGAGAGGACUCAUGGGUGGGUUAGGUUUAAGAGGCCUACAUGAGGUGGGUAUUGCCAUGGUUGGGUUGAU